AUGUCUACAACUCCAGACUUCGAGUCCCUUCCUCCAGCUGUUCGAAGAAAGUUCUUCUCGAAUGUCGAGCGUUUGCGCAUUCGGCUAGCUCAGAGCGAUCACAGUUCCCCUACGGUCUCCACGUCAAACUAUCAAACGGAUGGUCGGGUCUAUCGUAACGCUCGUCCUGUCUAUCAAUCGCGUGGUUCACGGAACGGCUCGUCCACAUCGUUGAACAGAAAGCGAGGGCUUGAGAAACGUCUCUCCCCUUCCAGAAAAUUACGCAAGCCCGGCUCUCUUCAAUUGGCUUACCUGGCCGCCCAGGCGGACUCUCAAUGCUUCCAUUCCCUCCCGGCUAAGAUCCAACAAAAGCUUUUCUCUCCCGAAGAACGUCUUCGCUUGAAGAAAGCCUACCGAGAGAGUUUGAUCUACGACGCUGCCGACGUAGCUUAUCAUCGAGAUUGUGGCCGUUCGUCUCGCCCUUCAACUGCCACUCCCUCCCAGACGACAGUGCCAUUCUCACAGCAAUCCACAGCCUUCUAUUCCGACUCCGAAUCAGACCUCGAAGAUCAAGACAUGGAUCAAACAUUUUACGACAGUUUCCGGUGGCUUGACGAGGACGGCGACCUUGAUUUAGCCCGCCGCCCCUCUUUCCGCCGCUCCUUAUCAUUUUCUACACAACUCAAACGCAAACAACUAGCACCAAUCACCCCAUAUGCGACUAGUGCUCUUCCUCCUGUCAGCCACUCGCAACCACUCAGUCCUAUUUCCAACAGCACUCCCGAGUCCCGCCCACCAUCCCGCCGGUUCCAGCACGGCCCUAAAUCCUCCACUUCCAGCAUCGAUCCAUCGGCACAAUACUACCAAGACCCAGAUGCGCGCCUCAAACUCCGGGUGUACCUAGCCUCCCCACAAAAAUUUGAUGAAGCAAUCGAGUUCGGAUUUCCGUCGCUAGAGGACGACAAAGAAAACAACGUCCGUGAACCAACCUCACCCAAACCAACCCUGGUGAACUCCAACUCGGACUUCGGCACAUUCUUCGAAGACGAUGAUGGAACCAUGGUCGGCAGCCCCAGCGGCUCAGUCAAGAAUGAGCCAGCCCCUUCGCCAAUGAUCCGCGACACACCCCGUUUCUCUGUCGAGUCUUCUCUCCUUCAGCGUCGCCAGUCCUGGCUCCCAGGCAAGUGUGUCCCAAUGCGCCUCCCGGGGAACCGUGAAAUGACACUUAAAAUGACACUCACCCGACCGGACCUGCGUAACGACUCCCCUACUUCUUCAACGUCUUCCAAAGAAAAAGAAGAUCCGCUCCGAUUGGCCGAGCUCCCUCCUCCCGAUCGCACUCAGUCUAUUUGGGACGAUGACCCCGAUGGGCAGGGUAUGGUCAAGAAGAUGUGGCGCAGGAUCCGUCGUCGGGCUUAA